AGUAUCGUUAAAUAUGCCUGAGCCAGCCAAGUCUGCGCCCAAGAAGGGCUCCAAGAAAGCCGUCACCAAGGCCCCCGGCAAGGGCAAAGGCAAACGCAGGAAGGGAAGGAAGGAGAGCUACGCCAUCUACGUGUACAAGGUGCUGAAACAAGUGCACCCCGACACCGGCAUCUCAUCCAAGGCCAUGAGCAUCAUGAACUCCUUCGUCAACGACAUCUUCGAGCGCAUCGCUUCUGAGUCGGCCCGCUUGGCUCAGUACAACAAGCGCUCCACUAUCACGUCUAGGGAGAUCCAGACCGCCGUGCGCCUCCUCCUACCGGGCGAGCUGGCAAAGCACGCCGUCUCUGAGGGCACCAAGGCCGUCACCAAGUACACCAGCUCCAAGUAAAGAUGUCUCGCCCGCAACAAACAAAAGGUUCUUUUAAGAGCCCCACACUUCAACCUCUGGAGCAAGUUGCCUAUGUUACCUAUGUUGAUACCACUGGGGCAUAAAGACCUAUUUUAACCAAAAUUAUAUCGACAAUACCAAAUUGAUACUAAUACAGUGCAAAUACACUUACUGACCCCUUAAAGGGCUGAGUUUACAAAUAUAAAAGAGCAGAAUGUAACGAAUAGGCGAUUUUUUGGUAUUUCUUACACUAACUAUAAUUACUUUCAUCAUAUACAACACAAUUCCGUGUCUUUGAUAUGUAAGUGCGAUUUUAACCGAUACAUAUUAUACUGGGCUUUAUAACAAUUAGGAGGGUUUGUGUUGUUUGUCCUCCCACAGAAACCAUAUUAGGACAAAAAUGAAAUUCACCCCUGUAGUGGAAUUUCUGACCUUUGAACUAUAUUUCGUGUCUGUCAAGAAUGUCUGCUCGUUUCAUUCUUUUCUAUUCUAAACAAUUGAAGGACGAGAUGUAGGUAAAAGAUGAAUAUGGAGUCGCUCUGACCAUACUACAAAAUGUUUUAAUUGUCUCAUGACUAAGGGACUCAAGGAUGUUGUGGAACAAACAGGUUGAAAACAACAGGACCUUGAGGCAUGGGGAAACAGAUAAAAAGGCCAAGGGCUAGGUGUUAUUGCUUGAUUCUUGUGUCCUCCGGAGGAUGUUUGUCUGUCUGCACGGCUAACGCAAUCCAACUUUGUACUUUUUGACUAUGGGUAAAUAAACCUUUUGUACCAAACUCACUUUUGUUGCUGUUUAAGCUUCG